GCGCAGGAAGCAUUUAAAAAGCCAGGACCGCGCGACUCAGGCAUCAGUUGGCUGCUUCCACUCUCUGGGUCUUCUUCGGAGUUCAGUCGCCCCAGUAGAACCGCGCUCCGAGCCUUCUGCCUUUCCCGACCGACUCAGCUGAACACGUCACGAUGACUACCGUCACCAGCCCGUCCGUCUUCAGCAUCGAAAGCCUGCUGGCCCGCCGGCCAACCCCGCAGCACAUCCCGGCCUACUACCGGGUCCCUAUGCCCUGCCACCCCACCGCCGUCUAUCCCGCUAUGGUCGCACAGGAAUACCCUACAGGUUAUCCCGCUUCUCCCUGUAUGGCGUCUGCCUACAUGCCCGGACUGCCCAUCCCUGCGUACGCAGCCCCGGCCUGGACCACCUCCCCGGUACAGAUGACGAUCGGCCAGGCGACCCACCCCGCCAUGUUCGGGCGGCAGGGCCGCAGGAAGCGGCGACACCGCACCAUCUUCACCGAGGAGCAGCUGGAGCUAUUGGAGAAGACGUUCGAGAAGACGCACUACCCGGACGUGCUGCUGCGGGAGGAGCUCGCCAUGAAGGUGGAGCUGAAGGAGGAGAGAGUUGAGGUAUGGUUCAAGAACCGCCGUGCCAAGUGGCGCAAGCAGCAGCGGGAGGUGGCGGAGCGCUCGACCAAGGCUGCAGACGACGCCUGCGACUCCGACGUCGACGUCACGAGUCUGGACGACGAGGAUGACGUCCGCAGCGUCUCGUCUGACGACGGAAAGGCCAUCUCUCCCGGUUCCUUCACGACAAGCCAGCGGCUGUACACGUCUGCAGUGCGACCAGACAGUUCCGCCUCCCCCUGCAGUAGAGAGGCGAAGUCGACACCUAGCGAUGGACAGUAAAACUGCGAGCGGAAGUUUGUAAAUAGCAAGAUAUAAAGUGUACAGAUUUUUUAUUUAUGAUUGUUAUUUAUUUGUCACCGCGAUGUCGAAAAUGUAUGCAGAAGAUUAUUCAAGCGUUGAAGUAUACCAAAACAAAUAUGUGUAAGACGCGGCCCAGUAGAAUAGUACUGGUAGCUUCUGAAAUCAUGAUGUAUGGCCACUUCUUCUAUAGUCAAGAAACGUUAUGGUGUUCUGUGUUACACAUCUGAAAGGUGUGCCUCAUAGCGUUGAUCUACAUGUGUUGUCUGAACUUAAUAAAACUGAUAAGUUGUAAA